AUGACUCUUAACGAUGAAAAUUUCGAAGAAGCACCAACUUGGGCUGCCGUCGUUACUAUACUCAGUUUUGCUUUGCAUACUGCACUCGGAUGGUUGCGCGAUUUUCUUCGUUAUAUUGGCUUGGAAAAGAAAACACUUGUUAUAGAUCCAAAUCCAAAGGAUUUUGUACCGCUCUAUCAAAGUUUCGAGUGCUUCUAUACGCGUAAUCUCUAUAAACGUGUUCGUGAUGUAUUCAAUCAACCGAUUGCAAGUAUGGCGGGACCUAUAGUCGAUGUCAUGGAACGUGUGACAGACGAUUACAAUUGGACAUUCAGAUUUACUGGCAGAAAAAUACCGGCCAUCAAUUUGGGUUCAUACAAUUAUUUAGGUUUUGCCGAAAACAGCGGUCCAUGUACAGAACAAGCUAUAAGAUCAAUUGAAAAUUAUGGCGUUACGAACUGUAGUACUCGUCAUGAAUUAGGAAAUCAACAAUAUAUGAGAACUCUUGAAGAAAUGAUGGCAAAUUAUCUAGGUGUUGAAGAUUGUAUUGCUUUUGGUAUGGGCUUUGCUACCAAUGCAUUAAAUAUUCCCGCAAUAAUGGGCAAAGGUGAUCUUAUAUUGAGUGAUAAACUAAAUCAUGUUUCAAUUAUUCUUGGUGCUCGACUAUCUGGUGCACAUAUUCGCACAUUCAAUCACAAUGACAUGCAAGAUUUGGAAUAUCAAUUACGUGAAGCCAUUAUUUAUGGUCAAUCAAGAAAAUUUCGACCAUGGAGAAAAAUUUUGAUUAUCGUCGAAGGUGUCUACAGUAUGGAAGGCUCAUUGUGUAAAUUACCUGAAAUAGUUGCCAUUAAGAAAAAAUACAAAGUCUAUUUGUAUGUUGAUGAAGCUCAUUCAAUUGGUGCCAUUGGUUCACGUGGUCGUGGUGUUGUCGAUUACUGGAAUGUUGAUCCGAAAGAUAUUGAUGUACAUAUGGGCACAUUUACGAAAAGUUUCUGUUCUGUCGGAGGUUAUAUUGCUGGUAACAAGUCUUUGGUCGAUUAUAUUCGAGCUCAUUCUCAUUCUGCAUGUUACUCAUCGAGCAUGUCGGCACCUAUUGUCUAUCAAAUCCUUAGUGCACUUAACAUUAUCAGUGGUCAAGAUGGAACUGAUAAUGGUAAGAUAUUAAAUUCCGAGUAUUGUCAAAAACGUAUUCAACAAUUAGCUCGUAAUGUUCAUUAUUUUCGUCGUCAACUUGUUGAUAUGGGCUUUAUUGUAUAUGGAAAUAAUGAUUCGCCAGUGGUUCCAGUAAUGCUGUUCAUACCAGCUAAAAUUGCAGCUGUCAAUCGAGGAAUGUUAAAACGUGGAUGUGCUGUAGUGACUGUGGGCUUUCCGGCUACUAAGAUUAACGAAUCACGUAUACGAUUUUGUCUAUCUGCUAGUCAUACUAAAGAAAUGCUCGAUCAUGCUUUGAGAGUUUUCGAUGAGGUCGGCUAUAUUAACGGGCUUCAAUGUUCAAAACGAAAGCCACUACGUCGUUUAGCUGAACUAAAUCCUGAAGACUAUCACGAAGAUUAA